AUGGAUAAAAGAAAGUUAUUGGCUUUAGCAGUAGUAUUAAUAAUAAUUGGUAUUGUUGUAAUAUUGAUUGAGACAUUGACAACUGAUGAUAGCAACGGUGUUGAAACGAGCGAAGUCACAACUAUCACAAACACCACAAAAUCGACUACGAACACGACUAAUCCGCCGCCGCCACCAAUCACAACUACAAAAAGCCCUUGGGAAGUUUGGCAUAAAUUUUCAACUGGAUCGUACAAGUUGUUUCUGACAAAUAUUAAUUAUGAAGCAGCAAAGAAAAGUUGCAGCGAUGUUAAUGCAAGAUUGGUAACUGAAGGAAUAAGACGUACGAUUACCCGCACUAUGAAAAUCGUUGUGGCGUGGAAUCUUAAAUCAGUCAAGCGACCAAUGUUACGUCACAAUAGUCGAAUGUAUGUUGCUGAGUUGGCGGCAUUGCAAUUUGAGUGCGGUUAGUCUCACUUGCGGAUAUGUCAAGUAAGGAGGAAAUAUUCGAAGAUGAAAACAGAGUUGUCAAGUCAGAAUGGAGAGAAUAAUACGCAUUCACUAGUAAAGAAAAUAAACCUUUGUGCUUAAUCUUUCAUAAGCUGCUCUGAAUAAAGUCAGCAAUGUUGAACGGCACCAUGAAACAAAUCACAAAAAUCUUGUACAAGACUACUCUCG